UCUGUACGGCUGCUAAAGAACGACCCAGUUAACUUCCAGAAAUUCCCCUACACUAACGAGGAUGAGGCCUGGAAGACCUACCUUGAAAAUCCCUUGACGGCGGCCACGAAGGCCAUGAUGAGAGUCAAUGGAGACGAUGAGAGCGUUGCAGCCCUGAGUUUCCUCUACGAUUACUACAUGGUCCCCAAGGAGAAGCGGCUACUGUCCUCCAGCAAUGGGGGCCGGAACGACCAAGGAAAGAGGUACUACCAUGGCAUGGAAUAUGAGAUGGACCUCACCCCCCUUGAAAGUCCCACGCACCUCAUGAAAUUCCUGACAGAGAAUGUGUCUGGAGCCCCAGAGUACCCUGAUGUGCUCAAGAAGAAUAACCUAAUGAGCUUGGAGGGGGCUGCACCCACACCGGGCAAGGCAGCUCUCCUCACCCCAGGCCCCAGCAAGCUGGAAGCUGGCUCUGUGGACGGCUACCUGCUGCCCACCAGUGAUGUGUAUGAUAAUGGCUCCCUCAGCUCCUUGUUUGAGAGCAUUCAUGGGGUGCCUCCCACACAGCGCUGGCAGCCUGACAGCACCUUCAAAGAUGACUCACAGGAGUCGCUGCUCUUCCCAGAUAUCCUGAAAACAUCCCCGGAACCCCCAUGUCCAGAGGACUAUCCCAGCCCCAAGAGUGACUUUGAGUACACCCUGGGCUCCCCUAAAGCCAUCCACAUCAAAUCGGGUGAGUCACCCAUGGCCUACCUCAACAAGGGCCAGUUCUACCCUGUCACCCUGCGGACCCCAGCAGGCGGCAAAGGCCUUGCCUUGUCCUCCAGCAAAGUCAAGAGUGUGGUGAUGGUGGUCUUCGACAACGAGAAGGGCCCGGUGGAGCAGCUGCGCUUCUGGAAGCACUGGCAUUCCCGGCAACCCACCGCCAAGCAGCGGGUCAUCGAUGUGGCUGACUGCAAAGAAAACUUCAACACUGUGCAACACAUUGAGGAGGUGGCCUAUAAUGCACUGUCCUUUGUGUGGAAUGUCAACGAGGAGGCCAAGGUGUGUAUCGGCAUCAACUGCCUCAGCACAGACUUCUCCUCGCAGAAGGGGGUGAAGGGUGUCCCCCUGAACCUGCAGAUCGACACCUACGACUGUGGCUCAGGCACUGAGCGCCUGAUACACCGAGCUGUCUGCCAGAUCAAGAUCUUUUGUGACAAGGGAGCGGAAAGGAAGAUGAGGGACGAUGAGCGGAAGCAGUUCCGGAGGAAGGUCAAGUGCCCCGACUCCAGCAACAGUGGCAUCAAGGGCUCCCUGCUAUCCGGCUUCAGGGGCAAUGAGACCACCUACCUGCGGCCUGAGGCAGACCUGGAGACCCCGCCAGUGCUGUUCAUCCCCAACGUGCACUUCUCUGGCCUGCAGCGCCCUGGAGGGGCAGUGCCCUCAGCAGGACACGGCACCUCCAACAGGCUGCCUCUGAAGCGUACCUGCUCACCCUUCACCGAGGAGUUUGAGCCUCUGCCCUCCAAACAGGCCAAGGAAGAUGAUCUACAGAGAGUGCUGUUGUACGUGCGGAGAGAGACUGAGGAGGUGUUUGACGCCCUCAUGCUGAAGACCCCGGACCUGAAGGGCCUGAGGAGUGCGAUCUCUGAGAAGUAUGGGUUCCCUGAGGAGAACAUUUACAAAGUCUACAAGAAAUGCAAGCGGGGAAUCUUGGUCAACAUGGACAACAACAUCAUUCAGCAUUACAGCAACCACGCGGCCUUCCUGCUGGACGCGGGGGAGCUGGACGGCGGGGUUCAGGUCGUCCUCACGGAGCUGUGA